CCUUGCAAUCCUAAAUGUAACCCGCGGGAGCAGGGCUCUUCACCACAAAAUUCCCUGGUCAGGCGAACAAAUUAUCAGUACAUGUCUGCACAAUGACAGACCCAACUCAUGAACUUCGCACUCAAGAUGAAAACACACCGCUGUUGAGCUCUGGAGAUACCCCUCCGGCUUCUAUAUUAGGGCCCAAAAAACCUGGGAAGCUGCGGGUGCUGGUCAUCACUUCGAUCCUAGUGCUAGCGGUCGAUUUUGGCUUAUAUUUGACAAUCGUACCACAGACAGAUAUUUUCGAAAACAUUAUAUGCCGUAAUUACCUGGCUAAUACCAAUCAGCCCACCCCUGCGGUUCCUCCUGUGAAUCUGUGCAAGUCCGAGCCGGUCCAGAGCGAACUAGCGUUGGUUAAUGGAUGGAAGGAGACUUUCGAUGUGCUACCUGGGAUUGUUUUGUCAGUUCCCUACGGGAUUUUGGCAGACAAAUGGGGCCGUAAGCCCGUUAUUACUCUUGGAAUGCUAGGCAUUAUCCUGGGGGAAUGCUGGGUUAGAAUAAUUUGUUUGUACUCGAAUAUCCUCCCACUGCGCUUAGUAUGGGUUUCGGGAGUAUGGAGAAUCGUCGGCGGAGGAGAUCUAACCCUCACCUCUAUCGCCCUCGCAAUGGUCGCAGAUUUGUUCUCGGGGGAUGAAAUGGCAACCGCCUUAUUUCGGCUAAACAGCGUAGCGAUUCUCGCCGAGAUUCUGGCCACGCCGGUCAGCGCAUCGUUGAUGAGAUAUAAUGCAUGGCUGCCAUUCAUGCUGGGACUGGGAAUCUCCAUUCUUGGCUCGUUUGCCGUCGUUUUUCUGCCAGAAAGUCUCGCUGAUGCACAAGCAAAUACCUGCUCUUCAGCCAUCCUUGGUGAAGAAGAGGAGGGCUCCGAGCUGGUCUCUGCGAAACGCGACAUGCCAAAAUAUCUAAAAAGCAAAGUUCGUGCAGUCCGGGACUCGAGCCGCUUUCUUUUCAAUCCUCCGGGGAUGAUAAGCCCUCUCUUUGCGCUAUUCAUCACAUCUCUGGGUAAACAAUCUACCACUCUGCUUCUCCAGUACAGCUCGAUGAAAUUUGAUUGGAGCCUUGCCAGCUCUAGCUUCCUGGUGUCGUUGCGAGGCGCCGUCACGAUGGCAAGCUUUUUGUUUCUUAUGCCAGGAUUGUCUUCGUGGAUUACGCAUUAUCUUCACCUCCAUGGAAAGUGGAAAGACCUAUGGUUAUCCCAAGGGACCAGUCUCAUCUCGGGCAUUGGCUUUUUCAUUGUAGCAAUCACCACAUCCCCGGUUAUUCUCGUCAUCGGGAUGAUCUUUCUUUCAUUUGGCGCAGGUUUUCCGGUAACGUGUCGCAGCUUUGUCACAUCCCUUGUGCCGCCAGAUCACGUCGGAAGGCUGUAUUCAGCUAUUACAGCGGCAAUGUCCGUUGGAGUAGUAGCCUCCGGUCCAUUUCUGGCAUACGCAUUCAGUCUUGGCCUGCGCCUGGGUAGUUUAUGGAUUGGACUGCCUUUCCUGCUGGCAUCUGUUGCAUAUUUUCUCGGUUAUAUUGCUCUUAGCCGUCUCCAGAUUCCUUGGGGGGCUCAUCCAGCAGAAGAGCAAGAACCGCUUGUGCCCUGACAUGAUUCAUUGUUUCAUGAGCAGCAAGUGUAUGAAUGACCAAAAAUACCUUCUUGAUAGCUCUUAUUCGCUUGACAGCCUGUGGAAUUUUGAAUCCUGUCGAUAGCAGAAGGAAGCUCCCUUUCCUUCUAGUCCAGGUCUCAUUAACCCUCCAAAUUGCAUAAACUUGCAUUAAAACACCUGUACAAAUAUAUACGUAGGGUUUUGAGUGCGUCUUUCGACUUCGGGUUGACCCAUGUCAUGCUAUUAUUGCCAUGACCUCGG